AUGGCUACCCCUAGCGUUCUAGUCUUUGAUGCUGAGGGUCGGGCUGUUGACUUUGAGGUCUAUGUCGAUGAUCUACAGCUUCCCCUACAGUGCGAUAGGAAGGACGGUCUCUCACUGUUCGAUCUCACGUCUGGCACCUCUGAUGCCCCUGCUGCCGAUGCUGAGAGCACUGUACGCUCACAGUGGGCCACACGCGAUGCUGCUGCCCGUCUUGCUGUGCGUAGUCACUUACCGUCCACUGAGCGCGCGCACUUUAGUCAGUACAGGAGUGCUAAGACCUUGUACGAUGCUGUAGUUGCACGCUACUCUUCCCCUCCCACUGCUGCCCUUAGCCGCAUCAUGCUGCCUCACCUGUUUCCUGACCUCGCCGCCUUUCCCACAGUCGCUGACCUCCUUACGCACCUUCGCACUAGUGACACCCGCUACCGCGCUGCACUUCCUGCCGAGGACCACUUUCUCUCUGUUUGCCCCACCACUCGCACCGUUGACCUCCUCGAGGAGCGCCUCCUGGCAGCUGAGAAGAGUAUAGUCGCUGUAGGAGCCUCUCGUGGUGACCCUCGUGCCCCCGUCUUUGAGGGGUGCUCCCCCUCCCCCCUUUUGCCCUCUGUUGCCUCUGCUGCUAUCGUCGACUUCGUUGGCACCGAGUCGGUCGGCGCUGCGUCUGCCCCUAGCGAGAGACGCCGCACCGGCAAGGGCAAGGGGGCAAGGGCGCUAGAGGGGCUGGCGGGGGCGAUGGAGGCGGCGGAGGGAGUGGGGGUGGCGGUGGGAGUGGUGGCGGGGGUGGGGGCUUCGGUGACGGCGAUGGUGACGCAGGCGGCGGCGGCGGUGGCGGUGGGAGCGGAGGAGGAGGCGGUGGCGGCGGUGGCGGAGGUGGUGGCGGCGGAGGUGGAGCUGGUCGGGGUGGCUCUGCGCAGCGGGGCGGCUUUGGUGGUGGUCAGCGCCAGCAGCAGCAGCGCACUCGUGAGACCCUACACUGCGCGUCAGCGGGGUGGGGGUGCUGGUCCUUGUGCCUACGUCCUGCAUACCGGCGACCGCACAUGUGAUCCGUACGGUGGCCCGCACACCACGCAGCGAUGCUUCGGCCGCCUGACGGACGCUUGGCGUCUCCAGUUCCCUGACGCCACUGAGAUCCCCCGCUGGGGCGAGCUACUUAGGUCGGGGGUUGCUAUCUUUGAUCUAGGUUAUGAUGCCAUUCUUGCUGCCAUGUAUGUUGUGUCUACUAGUGAUAAGGGUGACUGUUACCUGUGUGUUCCGCCUGACCCGGGCAUUUAG